AUGACUUUCUGUGAUACAUGUCAGUCCUUGCCGAUUCGCAAUAUCUUGAGGCUUCUUCAGGGCGAUACAUCCGUACACGACAAGUUCCAGUGGUUUCGACUGCCAUGGGCUGUGACCAACAGAGAAGACGAGUAUCCAUUUGUUAGAUGGCAUGAGAGCCUUGCCGGAUUACAGGAUGGGGCCAGGAACUGCGCUUUCUGCCAAGUCAUCUCCAGCCAUCUGAGCAGCAGCUACCAUUAUCAUAACAACUACAAGGACGGCGACAUAAGAAGCCUAUGGCUACAGGCCCGAGCACUCCCACACGUAACUGUGUACCUGGGAAACACAAAGCCAGAAGUGCGUCUAAGUGGAAACUUCUGGUACAACACAACUCCAGAUAGCUCCGUAGCAGAGUGCUUUGACAGGCACGAGAUCAUCGAGGACUCAUUGCACCCCUACGUGCUUGGCAAGAUGGCAACAUGGGUCGAAGAUUGCAACAACCACCAUCCAAAAUGCCAACGAUCAACAAAUAGCGAUGCUCAGUUGCCCACACGCCUCUUGGACCUCCAUUCACUACCGGAAGGAAAUGACUUCGAGGGUGUCGCAGGUGAUCCACGUGCCCUGCUUACGGAUGCAACACUCAAGCUUGUGGAGAAUGGUCCAGAUAGUCAAGGCCAAUACAUCGCAUUGAGCUAUUGCUGGGGUAAAGCCCUGCCAUAUACUACGACCUCUACGAACCUGAAAAAGCAUACAAAAGACGGAGGCAUCAAAUACAUGCAACUUCCUGAAACUCUUCGAGACGCGAUAUUUCUCACUAGAUAUCUAGGCAUUCGCUAUCUUUGGGCAGACUGUCUGUGCAUCGUUCAAGACGAUAAAGCUGACUGGGAGAGAGAGGCUUCUCGAAUGGCUGGUGUAUACAGUAAUGCGUACUUGACUCUUGCUGCUACGCGUGCGAGUCACUGCGGCGAGGGCUUUUUGCAUGCGCGUAAGGCUAGAGAACGUCGCGUCGUCUCCUUCGCAGAUGACGAAGGGUCGUUUGACUUGUAUUUUUACUACGACGACUUGACCAUGUCACCGGGGGCUAUGGAAUCGAUAGUCGAUGAGUCAAUCACUAUGCGAAAAGAAGAACCUCUUCUGAGCCGAGUCUGGGUCCUGCAAGAACGUAUACUAGCGUCCCGCACGAUACAGUUCGCUAGCUACAAGAUGACAUGGGAAUGCUCGGAGAUGAGUAAUACCGAAGAUGGAUUCCAAGAUUCAGUCCGUAGAGAGAUCUUUUUGGAAAGCAUUGCCCAUGGACUCAAGAGCUUGGUCGAGAACUUGGAGAACGUACCGCACAUUGAGUCGACGAGACGGAGUCAUCGUCACCAUGACGUUAUGGCUUCUGAUCUAGAACGAAGGGCAUGGUUCGUCUUGAUUGAGGAAUACACAUCCCGGAACAUGUCUUUCCAAUCCGACAAGCUGCCCGCACUCUCUGGCGUCAUCUCGGCACUGGAAGAGCUCACUGGAGAUAUCUGUGUCGCUGGCAUAUGGAAGAACUGGUUCUUGCAGGGUUUGCUAUGGCGCUUGCAACAACCCGAAUGGGAUAUGUACGUCUUGUUCCCAAAGCCACCACAGAGAGCUAUACCUUGGAGGGCUCCAACCUGGUCCUUCGCAUCCGUCGAGGGAGUCGUGAUAUACACACUUCUCGAAAAUGAUCCUGGCGUGGGGUUGUGUGCAGAACUGCUAGACUGCGACGUCACGCCCAAGGGAGUCAACCGGCUUGGGGAGUUAACGAAAGGAUUUGCAAGGAUAAGAGCACCGGUCGCUGCUGUAUUUGACAUAGCGCCGCAGCAAUCAAGUGAAAGCAGAGCGUGUAAGGUUCGCAUGACAGACGACAGGCUCGCAGAUGGGAGUGUGUACUUCGAUAUUGACGUGUGCGAAUCUUGUGAAGUGGUCAUGGUUACUCCGCACACUGGCAUUGCGAUCAUACCGGUGAACGUCGCUGAAUCGAUUUACAGAAGAGUGGGAGCACUUUCGGUGUACAGAGUCAUCGAAUCGACGAGCAAGGAUUGCGAGCCCGAGAGUCCGGAACCGUUCAACCUCAACCGCGAUAAGUCGCUAACCGCAUCUCACUACCCAAGUCCAACAAUCAUCACCCUGCUGUAG